CCGCGGUUCCCGCUCCGGGACAGGCUCUGUGCGGUUGUAGGAGGAGUUUGCGGUCACCUUCCCCUGUCCGAGGCGCUGCGGCCACAUUCCCCAGCCGAGGUACUCCCCCAGCCACCAAGAUGUCCAGCAAACGUGCCAAAGCCAAGACCACCAAGAAGCGCCCCCAGCGUGCCACCUCCAAUGUAUUCGCCAUGUUCGACCAGUCGCAGAUUCAGGAGUUCAAGGAGGCCUUCAACAUGAUCGACCAGAACCGUGAUGGCUUCAUUGACAAGGAGGAUCUGCACGACAUGCUGGCUUCCCUUGGGAAGAACCCCACUGACGAGUACCUGGAGGGGAUGAUGAGUGAGGCUCCAGGGCCCAUCAACUUCACCAUGUUCCUCACCAUGUUCGGGGAGAAGCUGAACGGCACCGACCCCGAGGACGUGAUCCGCAACGCCUUCGCCUGCUUUGACGAGGACGCGUCAGGCUUCAUCCACGAGGACCACCUGCGUGAGCUGCUGACCACCAUGGGGGACAGGUUCACUGACGAAGAGGUGGAUGAGAUGUACCGGGAGGCACCCAUCGACAAAAAGGGCAACUUCAACUAUGUGGAGUUCACCCGCAUCCUGAAGCACGGGGCCAAGGACAAGGACGAUUAGAGCCCAGGGUCACUCACCCCUUCUGCCUCAUCCUGUGCACACCCCCUGCCCCUUGGCCCCCCUUGCUGCCCCACAGCAAAUUCCUCCCGUGGGAAACACCUCCCAGGACCAUCACCCUGCAUCAGGACACGCUUGGAGGGGACACACUCCCAUCACUGUGCCGCUGUGUGCCCAUCCAGCCCUCCCCUCCCAUCACCUCUCCCACCCACUGGGUGCCCCAGCCUGCCUGUGAGGCCCCCUCCAGUAGCCACUGACCCCCUCAGAGCCACCAUGCCACUGGUCCCAGGGCUGGGGUGAGCAUCACCUGCUGACCUGCAGGGAUUUGGGCUGGCUCCAGCCUGAACGAGCCCCAUUCAGGGCCAUAGCACAGAGGAAAAGCCUCUCUCCCUCUCCUCUCACAUUCCCUGUUCAGGAAAGAAUCCCCACUUUGUUCCUCCUCCCUGGCUGUUUUAUGGCUUUAGAGCCUGAGAUCUGAGGGAUUCAGGAAGCUGAAGGGGUGUAUAAAGCCUUAUGGGUGUGACAGA